AUGCAGUUUAAAAGCACCUUCACUUUUCUUUCCAUCGUCGGGCUCGUGUCAGCUCUGGCCGUUGAGCGACGCCAAGCAAGCCCAGACGCGCAGUCCCCCGAGCAGUUCGAGGCGUUUGCCCAGUUCUCGUUUGCCUCGUACUGCCGGGAGCUGCACGAUGGCAAGGUAGAUACGGCCGUCUGCACGACGGACAAGCAGGGGACGCCGUGCGCGGGCUUCGGGGACGUCAAGACGACGGCCGAGUUCACCGGCGACGGCAAGAACGGCAUCGGGGGCUACGUCGCCGUCGACAAGGCACAGGGCCGCAUCGUCGUGGCGCUCAAGGGGACGGAUAAUAUCAAGGAAAUCGGGACCGACAUUGCGAUUGCUCAGGUCGAUAGUGAUCUCUGCGAUGGUUGCAAGGUGCACGAGGGCUUCAACGAGGGCUUCAAGAGCGUCAAGGCCCAGCUGGAAACGGCCCUCAGGGCCGAGACGGACAAGCCGGGCCAGCAAGCCUACAGAGUCGUCGUGGCGGGCCACUCGCUCGGCGCGAGCGUGGCAAUGCUCGCCGGCGCAAGCCUGCGGAAGCAAGGCGUCGCGCUCGACAUGUAUCUCUACGGCUGCCCCUUCGUCGGCAACGCCAAGUUUGCCGAAUUCGUCGCUUCCCAGCCUGGCCUGACGGCUCGCAUCACCAACAAGGACGACCUGGUGCCGGCCGUGCCCAAGCGCGGCAUCCCGCCGCAGCAAACGUACGAGCACGUCUUCCCAGAGUUCUGGUACGAGCGCGGCCUCGCCCUGCCCGGCCUCUACCGGGCCGCGGGGCCGCGCGUGUGCCGGAGCGCCGCCGAGUGCACCAGCGCCGACUGCAGCAAGCCGCAAAACGGCCUGCUGCUCUCGGGCUGCAACCUGACGGAUCACGGCCUCUACGCCGGGGGCGCCGGCUUUCGGCCUUGCGCCGGCGAGCCUGACGCCCUGGGCACGGCCUUGGCUUCCCUGAAAGGAGGUCGGCGGAGAGGAGCGGGCGGGUGA